AGUGAAGUGAGUGUGUGUGUGUGUGUGUAUGUAAAUGUGCCUUGCUGCAGCAUCAUUCCCGUUCCAGGCAGUGUGUGUGUGCCUUCCAGACCUGUACGCGUCAGCCCCGAGGAAAAACAAAGUUUGCAGAUUUGACAGACGGGUUUACCGGUAGCCUGUUAGGGGAAACCACUUGUGUUAAAACUGUUUACAGUUCCAGUAAAAUGAGCUUGCUACUGGAGGGAAUCUGGUCGGGAUUGGUGGCAUUUUUACCAUAACUGCCUUUCCUUUGGAUUUAUCUUACUAGCACCAUAGGUAUUAAAAGCACUUUGUUAAGGAUGUCUUAGUCACGACAGAUUCCCCAUUCAUCUCAGAGUGUUUGUAGUAACCCCAGAGACUGGAAUUUGCUAGACACUGCUCAUUGUAUGCUUGUUUGGAACUGCAUGGAGAAGCUAGCGGAGAGUAAUCAUUGGCAGCGUACCUGAGCUACCUGACACCCACAUGAGAGGAGGUGAAAAGUCACAUUUUUUUUCAUCAGCCUGAGAGGCUGUCUUCAGGAACGAACACACUGAGCUGUGUCAUUUCCCAACAAAGGUUACUAGUGAUUUGUGAUGAUGUUGGCUGGAACAGAGAACAGUGUGGAAAGUAAAUACAGCUGAGAACCACAGUUUUGGAAGUGACAUUUGCUAGAAACCAUGGCUUCAGACAGUAUGGAUGUUAAGGAGACUGAUAAUUCAGGUGCUGUGGAUAUAGGUCUAACAGACAAGAAGAGGCCGGGCAAAUUCCAACCCUUCAAGAAGUUGUUUGGGAAAAAGAAACACAAAGACCAUUCCUUGAUAAUUGAGGAAGUGCAGCAAAAACUGAGUCAGUCGACAGAAGAUGUUUUCAGCAGUGUUCUGUCUGAAGAUGAAGAAACUAACAAUGAUCUGAGUAAUAAUAUGUGCACACGGGCAUUUUCCCAUGAAAGUAUUUUUAUACCAGAUGGAUCCACAGAGGAUAAACUUUCAGGCCAAGCUAUAUCCCAGGAGAACAUCUCAGAAAAAGUCAAAACUCUUCAGCAACAAUUGACCCAAAAUAUAAAAUUUGGACAGCCAACCAUAAACUCUGCUUCAAAAAUGGAAGAUACAGGAUACAGUGACGAGAUUGAAGAGUUACCAGACAGUCCUAUGGAGACUCACCAGGAAGUGAAUUUGUCUUAUCGAUACAAUAAAGUCUCACCAGUCAAACCCAAAAAUAAGAGAUCAUUUCCUGCUGCUGGCACCAUUGAAUCAAUCAACCUAGAUGCAAUUCCACUGUAUGUUUCUCGCUUGGACAAUAGUGCUGCUAGACAUAAACUUUCUGUCAAGCCAAAAAAUCAAAGGGCAUCAAAGAAGCACUCCAGAAUAACCAAGGAAAUGCAGCAUAUGACACUGCAUGGUUCUGAAAACGAGAUUAACAGAAUAAAGGUUCAUGCAGAUAUAGAAAUAAGGCAUCAUGAAGACGCAGGUUACAGUUUAGUAGGAGAAGAGAAUCAUUUUAUGGAAAAGCAGAGAUUAAUAUUAGCGGAAGAGAAAAGGAAGCAGGAGGAGCACCAGAGAUAUCUUUUGGUACAAGAACAAAGGCGCAAGGAAGAAGCUGAGCAGCAAAGACGACAAGAAGAAGAAAGACUAAGAGUAUUUGAAGAACAGAAAAGAAAGGAGGAGCAAAUACGGAGAGAAGAGGAAGAAAGGCAUAGACAAGAGGAGGAAGAAAAACAAAGACUCCUAGAACUGCAGAAACGGGAAGCUGAGGAAAAGUUGCUUCGUGAAAUUGAAGAAAGGAAAAGGUUAGAACAACAAAGACAACAAGAAAUUGAAGAAGAAAGAAAAAGGUUAGCGAGACAAAAACAACAAGAAAUUGAAGAAAGAAGAAGGCAGGAAGAGCAAAGACAACUUGAAAUACUAAAACUAAAACAACAAGAAGAACAGAAACGUCAAAAGGCCGAGGAGUUAAGACGUCGUCAAGAGCUAGAAGAAAUUAGGUUAAGAGCAGUUCAGCAGGAACAAUUAGAAAAAGCACGGAAAUACCAGGAAGAAGAAGAAAAGCAACGUAGACUGGAAGAGGAAGAACAAAGGCAAAGGGAAGAAGAAAGAAAAAUACUUGAGGCUCAGAAAGAGCAACAAAUGAGAGAAGAACUCAGAUGGCAGGAAGUGGACGAAAGGCAAACAAUGCCAAGACCCUUUACAUUUAAAGUGUCUUCAGGAGAGAAAAUAUUUCAGAAAGUUAAUCUAAGUCCUGUAACACCAAUGAAAGAGCUAUCUGUGUCUUUAGCCUCAAAGGAGUCUAAAGCUCCAAGUGAAAGUAAGACCAGUCACCCCCUUCAGUCUUCUAGCUCUGUCCCUCACACGGCCAUAUUAGUCACUGGUGCCCAACUUUGUGGCAGCUCUGUAAAUCUAGACCAUAUUAAAGACACUGCAUGUAAGUCAUUGCUUGGUCUAGCAGACGAACGGAAACAUGUUGCCUUUCCAACAGUUGAGAACCUACCUUCACGUGCUAAAUUAAAAUAUAAACAAGAGACGAUAGACCAUCAGUCUUUUCUGAAUGAGUGGGCAUCUAUUAGAUCCAAAAUUAUGAAAAGUGCAGAAAAUGGUAACAUCUAUGAUAAAGAUAAAAGUCAUUCGGGAAGACAUAGUGAUGACUGGACCUCCAAAGUAAGUGGCGAUUUGCGUAGUAAUUUAAGAAAAACUAUGUCAGCAAGUGCAAAAUUCUCUAUAACACCAGCAUGGCAGAAGUUCAUGGAUACAAAUAAACCCAGUGACAAUAUAGCCACUGUACAGAGACAGGAGCAAGAAAGCAUACAAAAAGAAAGUUUGUCUUCUGAUGAGGUAUUUAUUAAUGUGGCUGAACCACUGAUUAUAGGUUCUGUAGGUAGUCAGCAAGGUACUGCCCAAGAAGACAAAAGUGAAAAGUACACAAUGGCUGUAGAUAAUAGUGAAGGCUGUAAAUUUGCCAAAGAUCUUCCAUCUUUUCUUGUCCCAAGCCUUCCUGGUAUACCACAUAGAGGCCUGACUCAGUCAGAGCCACAGAUUACAACAGAUAGUCAUACUUCAGCCAACCACAUAAGAAAAAUGGACAGAGGCGAGAAAGCUAUACUGAAUAGUGAGGAAAAAACAAGCCCUUUUGGUAUUAAAUUAAGAAGAACAAACUAUUCUCUUCGGUUCCAUUGUGAUCAUCAUGUUGAAAACAAAAAGAAGAAAAGGUACAGUGCAGGUGAUAGCUUUGAUGGUGUCCCAGACCCCCUUGUCUCAUUAGAGCAAGAAAUUGAAACCAAUGGGUUUUCCAAAAAACAACUUGCAUUAUCAAGCAAAACAAAAUCAGAUGCCAGUACUGAUGUUAUAAAAGACAGUUCGAACUCUGUUUUUGAUGACCCAAAUACUAUUGGUGUGCCAUUUUUGUCCCAAAGCAAAAAUCACAGUUCAGCUCUGAAUAAUGACAUGUUUUUCUCCAAACAGUUUCUGCAUCAGAAACCAGUGGUAGCCCCUAAACCCCCUAGCUCUACCCCACCCUCUUCCCCCCUCAGUAGUGCAAUAAAGUCAAGUGUUGUCGAAAUGCUUGCUCAGAGGACAGCAAAUACUGAACAGCUAGAUGUGAAUAGAAAAAAAGAAGAUGCUGCCAAUGUAUUAUUUCAGCCAUUAAAGUUUGAUCAAAAAGAAGAUGAAGAAAUGAAAGAAAGGAGGUCGUUUCUACCAGCCAUUCAUAUUCCAUGGAGGGAGAAAUCUGAGAGGAAGCCAGAUUUGUUAAGGAGAGAAAAACCAGUUCUUCAGAGUAUGCACUCCCUAGAUGGUUCUAGAGUGGUACAGAAAGCCGAGGCUGCACAGCCAUUGUGGAUCACGCUGGCGCUACAGAAGCAGAAGGGGUUCCGCGAGCAGCAGGCUGCCAGGGAUGAGAGGAGACAUAUCAGAGAAGCAAAACAAGUGGAGCGAUUAGCAAAUAGUUUAGCCACUAGCAUUACAGACAGCAGCAGCAGCGCCAGCAGCAGAUUAAGUGUGCUGCAGAAGCCAGUGAUAGCAGGAGAGGAAAGAAAAGUUGACACCAUUGUGUCGCGGGUCGAACGAAGGGAGUAUCUGCGGAAAUCCAACACACUUCCAAAUUCUGUUACAGAUGACAUGUCAGACUCUGUUACUCUAGCCCCAUCAGUUAAAGAAGUCUCCAAGAGGUUUUCUACUCCAGAUGCUACCCCUGUGUCAACAGAGCCAGUAUGGCUAGCCUUAGCCAAAAGGAAAGCAAAAGCCUGGAGUGACUGUCCUCAAAUUAUCAAGUAGACAUUCUUAUGUGUCUUUUUCUUUUCCAAAUGCUUGUUGAUAACAUCAAAAAGUCUUACUGUGCUAUUUCUUCUUUGCAUUAACUCAAGCUGCAUCCAGCAAAUGAAGAACGCUUCACACUACAGUCUCAGGCAAAGAAGCUGACUCCUCCUGGAUUUUUUUUCUACACAUCGUAAAUAGCAAAAACUCUUUAAAGCUGGUUUGAAGUGUACAUUAUGUACAGGUGCACAGAGCUCAUAGGGUGGAAAGUAUAUCUCGUCUUUAACAUUCCAGAAUCUGCAGGAAACUUUGUAUACAAGGUAGAUUUUAAGUAACAAAGUAAAAACUCCAGAUAUUUCAGGAUUUCAAAUCUAUUCCUCUCUUUUUUUCUUGUUUUUAUAGACUACAUACAUUUUCAUUAACAAACAAGUCACGUGAUCAGUGCUGAGUAGAAUGCAAUGACAUCCAGAUCCCAAGGCUGACUGGUACAGGUCUUGUGCUUAUAAGUACAGAAAUGAUGACUAAAGGGAACCCUUUUACAAAAAGGAAGCAAUUUGUGCUAAGUACCAAAACAGUGAUUUUAAGGGAACCCGUUUACAAGAAGGAAGCAAUACUUGCUGUCACUGAGCAGUAGAAAUUUUCUUAGCAGCAACUAUUAACCAGAAUGUAACACAGCUUCAUUUUUUUUUUUUUGUCCAUGUGGGAACCCAAGUAAGGAAAGGUUUCUGUAGAUAUCCAAUUACGUGAAACAUUUGUGGAGCAAAGUCCUUACCAUUACUCAGCUCAGACCUUAUAAACUGAGCGGCCUAGCAAGAAAACUCCAGUAAACAUAAAAAUAUAUAGGUCCUCUCUUGACAUAGUUGCAAGGUUAAAACUGGUAUUGGAACUAGAUAGGAUUCAUUCAUAAGGGGUAUCUUUCCCAUUCAGGAGUUGGGAUACAGUGAGUCUGAUGUGCCACAAUGUCAGGCUGACUUAACAGUUUGCAUUGGUCUGUAUGACUGUUCAAAACUAUUUCAGUAUUGCUUUUCUCAAGUGAGCUUUCUGUCAAAGUGGAAUUGCCAUGGUGGAAACAUGCUAUACUACUUUAAUUACUAUAAUAUGGCUUUUUAAUAUCACUUAUAAGUGUUUCCCAUCUGUUUAGCUUCAUAAGUGAAUAAUAUGUAGCUAUAAGGAGUCAUACCACAUGGUCAUCACUAGUACGUGUCACCACUAGUCUGGGAUGGGGUGCCUUGAUGAGUUAGCUGCAUAACUUAUGUCUGCCUCGGAGUACCUCACUGUAAUCCUCGAUAUGCCUGUGGAGUUCCUCUGCUUGCAAUAUUUGACCCUCGACUGAAGACAUAGGGUCUCUGUGAAAUCGUAACUGGUUGCUGGUCUAUGUGAAUAAUUAUGAACAAUGUGAGAGAGAGAGAACAAGAGAGAAGCAAUGUAUGAGAAGAAGACCUCUUUGAUUUCAGUAAGGGAUUAAACAACAGAAAUGAAUAAAUGAAAAAAAAAAGAUCUUUAGGCAAAUUUUGCAAGGCAGAACAACGAAACUGGAGAGAAACAGAGACUCUGGAAAACGUAAGCUGUUCAAAAUAUACUGUGUGUAUUCUUUUUUCAACUUACCCCAUUUAAACUCUCAGUUCAGUCAUACUUCACUUUUGUUUAGUACAACUACUAGAUUCAGGAAAAUAAUUAACUAUCAUAUUUUACAUGGUAAAUAUGUAAAAUAACAAAUGUGUUCAGUUUUAACACCUUAAAUCAACACUAAGAAGUUUGCACUAAAAUACCAGUUAAGUGUUACUGUUUUGUGACUCUUAUUAGUGUCUUGCUAAUUAGAAUAUGUUAAUUUGCGCAAUAUAUAAUGCUAAUACUAAUGGCAGAAUUAUUUAAACCAUUGUAUAAUGUAAUAUGUUUAAUAGUGUUAUUAUUUCUAAAACAAAUCCCACUAUUACAGCUGACAGAAUUGUAUACAGCUAAUAAUGCUAAUACAAAACUAUAUGUAAACAGUGAUUUUUUUUAAUGACUAUAAUUCAUUUUGCUAUUUAUGAUAUUCCAAAGUGCAAUUGUUUCUAAUUUUGUUGUCCUUUAAUUCCAAGUUAGUGUACAGUCCACUCAUGUAAUUAAAAUGUUUUUUGUGGUGAAAGCUUUUCAUUAUUAACGUACUAACUGUACAUUUUGGGUUUAUUAGGUUUAAUACAUGAACUUUUAGUGUUGCCUUUGUCUUGCAAUAUGUUUUAAGAAAAAUAAAUUUUAGUACAAUAAAAUGCCAAA